AGAUAUCAUCUCUCUAAACCAACCAGUCAGUAUCCCAAAAAACACAAGAAGCGCUGGCGACCUUCAAUGAAAUUCCCUCUUUGCUUCCGCCCUCCAAACUGACUUCGUCUCCGCGCAAACUUCCAGCAAACGUGCAACAUGAGCGGAGACAAACCCCAUGGACGUGCCACAUGAGGCGGACCAGACAAACUGAAGCCACCGCGCAAAGUUUGCCCACAGAGACCACUGUGACACUGACCGAACAAACACACAACUUUGUGCGUGUUUCUGCUUUCCUGACACUUUUUGAUUGUCGCCUGCCGGUUGGGAUUGCUUGGAUUCCGCGGUGCUUCUUUUAUAUGUUCAGCCGGGGAGACGUGUAGUUUUUCGGGGUGGUCCGCUAUAAGGAAGGUGACAUGCAGGUUCUCGGUUGGACCGUAGUUCUCCUGUGCCAGUGGAUCCUACGGAAGGUCCAAGGGUUGGAGAAGCAGGUGGAGUUCUCAGAACUGGGCCCAGUGGGGUCGGUGAUGAAGACUCUUCCAUAUGGCAUGGGUGGAGGCACAGUGGGAGGAACAACAGGAGGGGUGGUUAAGCCUCCGUACCAAACCCGUAUCUUCUCCACUUCCAUUGACCAGACACCCAUGAAAUCCAAGCCACCCACCUACAGUUUCUUUAACCCAUACGACUCGGCCCGGAACCAGUCCCUGCUCCUGGACCAGACAGGAUACCGCUCUAAGCGCAAGCCCUCACAAAAGACAUCCAUGAAGACCAAGAAGAUCUUCGGCUGGGGAGACUUCUACUUUAACGUCAAGACCUUGAAGUUCAGCUUGUUGGUGACAGGGAAGAUUGUGGACCACAUUAAUGGGACGUUCACUGUUUACUUCCGCCACAACUCGUCUAGCCUGGGGAACGUGUCGGUCAGUAUCGUGCCACCGACCAAAGUGGUGGAGUUUGAAGUAGUCCAGCAUCUGCACCCCCACACUCAGCAGAACGUCCAGAUCCAGGAGACCCAGCAGACCACCAUCAACCGGAAGGAGACAAAGACCUUUAACUGUCGGGUGGAGUAUGAGAAAACCAACAGAUCCAAGAAGCCCAAACCCUGCCUGUACGACCCUUCUCAGACCUGCUUCACGGAGCACACCCAGUCCCACGCUGCCUGGCUCUGUGCCAAACCCUUCAAGGUGAUCUGCAUCUUCAUCUCUUUCUUCAGCAUCGACUACAAGCUGGUUCAAAAAGUGUGUCCGGACUACAACUUCCAAAGUGAGCACCCUUACUUGGGAUAAUUGGAGAAUUCGGUUGAAAACAGCUGGAAUCAGUAUUAUGCCCUCCGAGUACAUAGGGACCCUCUGAGGCAGCUGUGCUGUGCCAUCCCUGUAUGGCAGACAUAAUGUUAUGGUAGACUGACUGUUAAUCAUCCUCUCAGCUCUACGUUUCCCUGGAUAUAAGAGAGUUAUAUGUAUGAGAAAUGCUAUGCUGGAUAUGCAUACAAUAUACUGUAUGAAAAAGCACAUUAAAAUCUCUUAAACCGUC